AGAACCCCAGAGGCGAUGCUUACGUUAUACGCACAACCGAUUAAGGAUCCUCACUGCGCUACAGCUUGUAGCGUCCGCCGUCCAGUACAAAAUUGUCACUUAGCGGACCACUUCGACCGAUGCAUGUACUUCCCGCGGAGGGGUCAAGAAUAUACAUUCUAUCAGGUUAUUUCGGAACUGUCAAGUACGUUGGACCAGUCGACGGCACAACCGGUCUCUGGCUUGGCGUCGAAUGGGACGACUCAAAUCGCGGCAAACAUGAUGGCAUAAAGGAUGGGAAACGAUACUUUGAGUGCCGAGUAUCUAACAGCGGAUCCUUCAUUCGCCCAUCUUCUUCCAUUUGCUGCGGGUGUUCAUUUUUGCAAGCAUUGAAUAACAAGUAUGUCGAAACCGUGCAUGGGACUGCGUCACAGGAGAAGAUCGUUUUGGGCUCCUCAAAUGGUGCUAUAGAGGUUGAAGCUGUAGACUUGGAUAAGAUCCGAGGCAAAUUUGCAAAUCUAGAGCGACUGCGAGAAGUGAGCCUCGACAAUGAGAUGGUUUCUACCGGGAACGACCCAGGGGAAAUCCUAUCGACAUGCCCUAACAUCCGCGGUCUGGAUCUAUCCGCGACGCUCUUGUCCAGUUGGGACGUUGUGGCGAUGAUAACCGCUGAACUGCCUCAGCUCGAGCGGCUAGCGCUGAAUCGUAACCGGCUGAGGCCGCCCCCAUCUCAGCUGCCCGCAUCGGCUUGCCUGCGACUCUCUGAGAUCCAGCUGAACGGCACCUGGACUUCAUGGGAAGAAUUUACAAGCAUAGCAGUAUUCAUGCCUCAACUUCGCAUAGCAGAACUCGGAUACAAUGGACUUACUUUCCUAUCGCAUGCGAAGAUUUCUGCAGUGCUAUCCCGCAUCGAGAUCCUCAAUUUCGAUAGCAACCAGUUAGAAGAUUGGCGCCAUAUAAGCGAAGCAUUAACGCCGUGUACUUCAUUACAACGACUUAUACUUUCAUCUAACGGCAUUGAAAUGAUCCCUCCUCGGAGCUCUUGUCCUUCGCAUCUGCGCGGACUUAAAGUUCUCUCUCUUUCCAGCAACAAACUCCAUAAUUCGCGCGAUAUCGACCAAUUAUAUGAGUGGUGUCCCCAACUCGAAACGCUGAGCCUCGCUAACAAUCCACUGACUGAGGCAUUUUCUGCAAGGCAGCAAGUCAUAGCAAAGAUUCCGCCCUUGCGGGUCCUUGACGCAACUGCGAUCUCGGCAAAGGAACGAUCAGACAGUGAAUUAUUUUAUCUUUCUUUCGUUGCAAAGACCGUGCCUGGGCGGGAUGAAGACAAAAUGAAGGAACAUCGACAAUGGAAGACGCUGUGCAUGAAGCACGGUAGACCUGCUGAGUCAACAGCUAAUCGUGACGGCAGACUCAGUAGAUAUCUGAUUGAGGUGAAAGUUCACCACUGCUCUGAGCCUCCCGGGGCCCAUUUUACCCAGGAAUUGGAGGGGGAUCUCAUCACAUCAGCUUCGCUGCGCGUGCUCUCUACAAUGAAAUUAGGGCCUUUCCGCCUCAGAGUGAUGAAAGCUCUGGGAGCAUGCAAAAUCCCCAGGAACAAUAUACAUGUAUGGUUGAGAAUGAGCGAUGAUACACUAGCUCUUCUUCAAAAUGAUGAUCAAGAAUUAGGAUGGUGGGGAAUAGAGAGUGGUUCACAUAUCGUUGUACACAUGGCGCAGCAAAACUGAAUCUUGAUUACACAU